UUUCUCGGGCAAAAACACUCAAACUAUAGGUGCACUGCUCUUGUUUUGAUUAUAGUUGAAAGCAAACGUAAAUAAUAAAAUUUGGAUGUUGAGUUUCUGAAACUAGUAGCGGGCAUUUGCUGUACUGAAGAUAAAGUUUCAUUUAACAAGGUAUCUGAUGACUUCUCUAGGAGAUCAACACAGAAUGUUCAUACAAGCAUUUAUGUGGAAAAAAUUUUUUAGUAGUGAUGAAGUAAGGCAACUGCAUAAAGAGUGCCAUGUGAAAAAUAAAGUGCCAAGAACAGAGUUGAAGAACUUUGUUGACAGAAUUAAUAGUGCUAUUAGUCCUAUGAAUAUGGCAAUAAAAAAGGGAACAGAUGAAAUCAGUGGUGAAGAUUAUUAUGUGCUUAUUAAUGCAGAUGAUAAUCAAAUAUCCAGGUUAUCAUCUGAAUACAAGCCUAAAGAACUGGAGCUGUUCAAGAAAAUUAUAAAUAGUAUUGUGCUUUCUGAUGAGGGAAAAGUUAAGUCUAUUGAUGCUCUCAACUUGGCUGAUGAAAUUAAUGUUCCAAAAAAGGAUGGAGAAGAAAUUGUAAACAAGUUUUGUGAAGAUGGAUGGCUAAUGAAAAAUGAUGGUUGUAUCAUCUUUGCUACCAGAGCAAUUGUGGAACUGCAACACUUUCUAAGAAAAGAGUUCAAAGAUGAUGUUACAAUAUGCACUUUAUGUCAAAAUAUAGUAUUCCAAGGCGAUAUUUGUACGUCUUGUAGAAAGAAAAUUCAUCAUCAUUGCAGAAACAAAUAUUUUUCUGGUACAAGAAAUUCAACAUGUCCCAGUUGUAAGGUUGAAUGGAAAUAAGUGCUCAUGUUUUUUCUAUCAUAAUAUAUAUAUUCUGUAUGUAAAUAAAUAUCUAUACACAAUUUA